GGAUUUUUUGGUCAAGGCCAAGCAAAAAAACGGGAAAGGGAGCCCCCGUCCUUAAGUGAACUGAUGGAGAAGUUUAGGCAACGGCGAAUGCAGGUCUACAGCGAGGAGGUCAAGCAACUCAUCGCACAUGGUGCCGUGAAAAAACAAGGAAUCAAGAUUGUCCCCAAGCACAACGAACGAACAAGAUCCCAACGACGACCUCUCACCAUCUGGGAGAUCUAAAGGAAGGCGGAAGAAUAGAAUGAGGGGCCAUUUCACAGGGGGGCGGGGAGAGGGAGAGGACUGGAUGUAUGGGCAGGAAGAAGAGGGUGGUGAUUUCGAACACCUACAGGGUUUGUCUAAAGAAAAAUACGGAUACCUCAAGUCGAAGGAAGUGGAAUUCACGGAGAAAGAAGAAAAUCAAAUAAUCAGCAUGAGAACAGCGGCAAGACUGGCAACGUUAUUUUAUGAAUUUAGGAAGGCUAAAGAGCGACUUGAGGACGUAUACCAACUGACCAAAGACGCUACCAAGACCGGGGCAGUACUUCAAGGCAAUAGGGUGUCCUUCUCUCAUCCAGUUCUCGGUCAACUGGGAGGCAAGGCGCAAG